ACAAAUUUUUCAUUGGAUUUAGAGUUCGUGUUCCCUCCAGAAACAUGGCGUCAAAGGUCUGGCUUAUUGCAUUUCUAUCGCUAAUGACCUUCAUCGAUUUAACAGGAGCCCAAGAGGGACCAGAAAUUGAAACCCCUGAAAACGAAGUGGAAACUCCUGAAUUCGAAGCUCCAGAGAAUAACUCAUCAUUGUCACCAUUUUUAAAAUUACCGGCAUGCGGUUUCCGCCCUACUAAAUCCCUCGUGAUUGGUGGUCUGAACGCCACGCCCAACUCAUGGCCAUGGAUGAUUUCACUCAAAAGAAGAGGAGCUCAUCAUUGUGGUGGUUCACUGAUCAGAACCAACUGGGUUCUUACUGCCGCUCACUGCCUAUUUGAACGGACGCCAAGUGUGUACACGGUUGUUGUUGGUGCACAUUCCUUAUCCGGUUCGACGCCUGUUCAAGAAACAUUCAGAGUCAAAAGGCUUAUAACACAUCCGAAGUUUAGCUGGGACACGUCAAAAAAUGACAUCGCACUUUUGGAGUUAGAUCGCAAUGUCACGAAGAGCCUCAGGGUAAAUCUGGUCUGCUUGCCCCAACAGGGAUCUAGAAUUCCACCAGGAACACGAUGUACUAUCACCGGCUGGGGAUUCACCCGUGCGUUUGGACCUUGGGCCGACAUCCUCCAGCAAGCCGACCUGCCUGUUGCUAGUCACAGUGACUGCGUAAAACGUAACAGUGCCUUUCCUUUGACAUUUCCUGUCGAUAAGAGGUCGAUGUUGUGCGCUGGAGGUCACGGAGACAUUGGUGGUUGCUCGGGGGACAGUGGCGGACCUUUUUCUUGUCUUGAAGGAACCCGCUGGGUCUUGAGAGGGGUCACGAGUUGGAGGCCCACGCAGUGCCAAACCGAUUCCUACACGGUGUUUGCCCGGGUUAGCAGUUUGAUUAAUUGGAUCAAUCAGAAUAUAUCAGGGUGAUGCCAUUCCAUAAAUUUUUUGUCAAUGCAGUUUCCUUAAGAGCAGAAAAAGGGAACUAUUCUCUAGACAUUAUGCUCAAUAACAGUGUUAAUUUAACUGAAAAGGAUGGAAGAGGUUUUAGUUGAAUAAAGAUAUUUGUAAGUAAAAGUUCACCUAAUUUUCUUUAUUACCAGUUUAACAAUAUACAUGAAAUCAUUUUGCGAUUCUGAUUUUCCAAGUGAUCCAGAUGUUUAAAAAGGUAAUUCUUGAUACAUUUAUGAACAUGUUUUCCUGAAACUUUUACACAAAAACCCAUUAAACGCACUUUAAGUAACAUAAAAAUUCAUGCUGUUCUUCACAAUGGAAUAAAAUAAAGUUGAUAAUUUUCACACA